AUGUCUGAUGGGAUAAGCCUUAGUUGGUCAUCCCACGUCAGGGCACUCGACAUUGAACCAGUACCAGACCGAAGUAGGGAGUGCUCUGUACUCCAUUGGCUGCAAGUCCCGGUACCCUGCCCUAGCUUCUCUCGGGCCACCACGUCCACAACGCAGCUCACCAAUCCGUCCUACCUACUCGUUGUUGUUUCCCCAAGCCAUCCUCGUCGUAACCAGCUCGCACUCGUCCUUGCUGAAGGUGUCUGGCCUGGUGCACCAGCGACAACUCAGCCAUCAGCUUGGCCGAUUACUCAACCCACCAAUUUCUCGCAAGAUAACCUUCAUAGCGUUGCUCCGAACACUUCCAAUCUCUACUCUGCACGCUCUCCGCCUGCCACAACACUCUGCGAGCGGUGCUCUCUCCUGCCCUCCUCGCUCCCUCGCUCCCCGCCGCGCUCCCCUCCAGAGCCAUCUCUUGGUUCAAUGGCACCACCGUCGCCGCGGCGAUCCUCGAGAGCCCGCGCGACCAAUUCCCAGUCCCAACAGUCGUCCUCGUCAUCGGGGACAUCUGGGCGCCUGGAAAGAAGCACCAGAUCAGUCAAUAAGCCCUCGUCGGAAAAGUCUACUCCCAGCGCUUCGCUGUCCUCAGAGCCGCUCGACGACCUUGACGACACCCUCCUAGGCAGGAGACGCAAACGCGGUCAGAACGACGACACCGACCGAAAUUCCCGGAGCGAAAAUACAGACAUGGCCAAUGGUAGCGACGACCUUCAGGACGACGAGGACGAGGCAGUCCGCUGCCUUUGUGGCUCGGAAGAUUACCCUGGCCCUCCCCCCGUUGACAGCCCCGACGCCGAGAUUUUUGCAGCUAUUGAUCUUACCGACGAAGUUACUGGCUUUUUUGUCCAAUGCGACAUUUGCAAGGUCUGGCAACACGGGGCGUGUGUUGGCAUAUUCAGUGCCGAAAGCUCUCCCGAUGAAUAUUUUUGUGAGCAGUGCCGCAAGGAUCUUCACAAGAUCCAUACAGCAGCUAACGGAACAAAAUAUUCAAAAUAUAUCCCAUUGAAUCGCGCUUCCCGCGCCACCUCGCGAGCGACAUCUAUUGCCAAAGACGACAAGAAUGGAUCGUCCAAAAACUCCCGACCAAGCACUGCUACACAGUCGUCAAAACGACGAUCUACGAUGAAUAGCCGCGAUGCAGCCUACGAUGACGAACAAUUACGCCGGGCGAUAGAGGCAAGCAAAGAAGACAACGCGCUCGAAACCGUGGAAGGUGCUACAAGGCGUGCAAAGCGCGGCCGUAGUGACAGUGAAGACAGUAACAACAAUGCCAGCAUUAAGCGCCAACGCACCAGUUCUCGGUCGGCCUCACCACCCGCCGAGAAACAAGAACCUGUAGACGAACAAGUGUCUGACGACGAGACGGAAACCCGCAAUGGGGCCAAGAAAUCGAAGAACAACCAACAGCACAGAGAAAAGUCGGAGAAAGAGGAUAGAGAACGUCAACGACAGGAAGCCGCAAAUAAACGCAAGGGGCGGGCAGAGCGCCGGAGGGCAGAAGACUCUGACCUUUCUGAAGAGAUGCCCUUGGCAGCUGCCAAAGCAGUGCAGCAAAAACCAGCGGAAUCUCCAAGCAAGGAGGAGUCCCCAUCCGUCGCCCAACCCCCAGGAACUCCUCCUCCGACCCAUCCGACAGCCAGCAGUUCUCAUAAGAGAGGAGCUCGGGCGAACAAAAGGGGAAAGGGGAGGAACCAGUAUUCCAAGGACCGCGAUCAAGACGACGAGUCUCCUGCACGAUCCAUGUCUAGGGAUAUUCAGAAAGGCGAUGAAGCCACAACAACCGGUCACUCCAAGUCGUCAGUUAACGAACACAAGACCUCCAAGGCAAAAGCAUCGACGACGAACAAAAUGAGCAUGCUUGAUAUGAAGCGCCGCGUUGCAGCUCUAAUGGAGUUCAUUUCCAGGACGCAAGUUGACCUAGCCGCGGAGGCCUCCUUCAGUCAGAGCAGCAGUGGCCGAGAGACGCCACAGGAGAAGCCCGAACCGAACCAAACAAACGGCAGCACCGUCAAUGGUCAUACUCCAGAUCCUUUCGAUAUGAGUCGCUUCAAAGGCCUGAGCUGCAUGGAAAUGAUGGACGUUCUGACACGUGUUAUGGUCAAAUGGCAGAACCAGUAUUCAUGA